AUGAGCCUGUUAACCGGAGCUCGUGAGACCGGGGUUGUGGAGGCCAGCACCCUUCAGCAGGAGAGGCUGCAGGCCAUUGCGGAGAAGCGGAAACGUCAGACGGAGAUUGAGAACAAAAGGCGGCAGCUCGAGGAUGACAGGCGGCAGCUGCAGCAUCUCAAGUCCAAGGCUCUGCGGGAGAGAUGGCUGCUGGAGGGGGCCCCAGCCUCAGCCUCUGAGGAGGACGAGGCCAUGAAGAAGCAGAUGCAGGAGGAUGAGGUGAAGACCAAGGAGCUGGAGGAAGCCAUCCAGAGGCUGGAGAAGGAGCUGGAGACACUGGAGAACGGCAGCUCGGCGGCUUCCACCAAGGAGAACCUGGCGGCGGUGGCAUCGCCAGCCAAGGAGGAGAAGGCAGAGGCCGUCCCCAACAUGCAGAAGAGUCCCCUGGGCACAGUCAAGGCCGAGAAGAAGGUCUCCAGCAGCCCCAUGAAGGCGGUGGAAGGCACUGACAUGAUGAAGGCAGCCAUGUACUCAGUGGAGAUCACGGUGGAGAAGGACAGAGUGACUGGGGAGACCAAGGUCCUGUCCAGCACCACCAUGCUCCCCCAGAACCACUGUCUGCAGGGGGUCAAAGUGUACGAGGAUGAGCUGAAAGUGGUGCACGCAGUGAGCGCCGAGGACGGAGCCCUGCAGAACGGGGCUCACCCCCUCAGCUCCUCCGAGGUUGACGAGCUCCUGCACAAGGCGGACGAGGCCACCCUGAGCGAAGCUGCCGGGCGGGAGGCCCCGGCCAAGGUGGGCAAGGAGGCCGGCAGCGCCCCGGCCAGCCAGAAGCCAACGCCGCGGCGGGAGAUCACGGGGCUGCAGGCCAAGCCGCGGGAAAGCACCGUGGUGCUGCCGCCGGGCGAGGGGAUGGAGCCGAGCCGGGAGCAGCCCGUCACCAUGAUCUUCAUGGGCUACCAGAACGUGGAGGAUGAGGACGAGACCAAGAAGGUGCUGGGGCUGGAGGGCACCAUCAAGGCUGAGCUGGUGGUGAUCGAGGACGCCGAGAGCAAGCCGGAGCCGGCGUGCAAGGACCACGCGCCGCCCAACGGCACCGCGCUGGAGCCCGUGGCCGCCCAGCCGCUGGGAGAGGAGGGUCCGGGCGGGCAGAAGCCAGGCGCCAACGCCACAGACACCAAGGAGGCCGAGCAGGAGACGGACGUGAAGAAGCAGCGCUGCAAGUGCUGCACGGUGAUGUGA